GCUCCACAAUUCCCUUCUUUCGGAGCCUGCCUCCUCUUUGGAGGAGCAGCGCUUUCAAUCAAUCCCCCUCCAAUCAAUCAAUCCCCCCCCUUUUGCUAGUUUUUUCUCUCCUCUCCUCCCAUUCUUCCUCCUCCAUCGCCUCGAUUCUCCUCAUUUCUUCCCCAGAUUUCUCUUCCUCCAUCGCCAGCGCCGGAUUCCAAGAUGGACGCCAUGUCUGGACACUACAUGCAGUUCUCGCCAUCGGCAAUCGCCGCCGCCGCCGCCGCCGCCGCGAGCUCGUCGCCGCAUCGAGGAGGCGGCGUGGGCGGAUCUCUCCGCGACCGCCCUUCCAGCUCGCAGUCGCCAGUGUCGGAGCACGAGAAGUACUUCGCGGAGCUUCUCGAGGAGCAGCGUAAGCUGGGACCUUUCUCGCAAGUUCUUCCGAUUUGCAGCCGGCUUCUCAACGAGGAGAUACUGCGGAUCACGGAAUUCGCUAGGAGAUGGCCUCAGAUCGAGCAGGAAUUGGAUCGAGGGAGCCCUCUGUCGUCAAUGUCCAACGGUGGCGGAUGGUCGGACGUAAGUACGUGCAAACUCGGAGGCUUUCUCAUGAUCAUGUGUUCGGAUCUCCAGAGGCUGGGAUUCGUCCAAACGCCGUCUUCUUCGAGUGUGUGGCAUGGGAGUCCUGAAUCGUCCGCUGGACCGACCUUGAAGAAGACCAUCCGGAUUGAAGUUCCAGUGGACAAGUAUCCAAACUUUAACUUUGUUGGUCGGAUUCUGGGGCCCCGAGGCAACUCUUUGAAGCGCGUGGAGUCGAUGACGCGAUGUCGUGUGUACAUACGGGGGCGGGGCUCGAUCAAAGACGUUGCGAAGGAGGAAAAGAUGCGUGACAAGCAAGGCUACGAGCAUCUCAACGAGCCUCUUCACUUGCUCGUGGAGGCCGAAUUGCCUGCAAAUGUGAUAGACUUCUACCUGACCAAGGCCAAAGAGAUAUUGGAGGAUCUCUUGAGACCAGUGGAUGAAACCGUUGACCUCGUGAAGAAGGCGCAGUUGCGUGAACUCGCCCUCCUCAAUGGCACCUUGAGGGAGGAGAGCCCUUCACACAUGAGUGGGAGCGUGUCACCAUUCAGUAACGCGGGACUAAAGAGGGCAAAGACUCGCAAGUAGAAGGAGCCACGGUGGUUCUGGAUGGACGAGAACAAGACACACAGGCGAGCCUCAUAACAAAACAGCAACAGCAACACAGCAGCAGCAGCAGCCGAAACCUCUCUCGAUUUUUUACUCUACGCGCAAGAGAGUGCUCCUCCAAACACGCAAGCAACAAGAGCUGGUGAGCAAUCAGUCCGUUUGCCUGGAGUUUUCCCACGGUUUUCUAUCUUCUUUUUUUUUUUCUCUCUCUCUCUCUCUCUUUCUUCUUUUCUUCUUUUCGUCUUUCUACGCUUGCAUCUUUCUAAAGUUUUGGGGGUUCUCCUGGGUCGUUUUCUCUGGUCUGUGGUUCCUUUGGUGUCCCACUAAUCCUGUGAGUGUUUCUAUAGCCGAGCAUCUAGUUUUGUAGCGGUCGUCUACGUAUUAGUGAUAAUACAACAAUUUUGUCUUACCAGUCGGUCGGUCGUCAUAGCGGAGUGAGGGAGUUCCGAGUGAUCUCUCCUUUAAAAGCAGUCUUCUCUGUAUAGAAGCUAAGCUUAUUCAUUGUGUGAAUAUUGGUUGAGAGUUUUGUAUGUAUGUUAAGAGUGGUGUUGUGUUGUGUGGAUGUGUGGUGUGUGUUUGGUUCCUUCAUUGUGAUUAUCUCUUUCCUUCUGGGACGAUGAACAAGAUGAUGUUGCUGCUGCCAA